UUUUUAUUUUUGUUGCUUCUUAAACGUUCAUUUGAGCGUUCCAGAAACCGGAUUGGGGAAUCCAAUUUUCAGAUUUCAUUUUUUUCAACACAGCAUAAAGAUCCAAAAAUUGUUCUUCCUUUUGUUUGAUUUUCUCAGAAACCAAACGGAGGGUAGAGAUCUCAAAGCAAGAUUGGAGAAGGGAGAAGCAUACGAUUUUCGCUGAAUUUUUAUGCAGGAUGCGUUAAUUCGUUGACAUCCGUAAAUCUUUUCGUACGUAGUUAUUGCAAAUUUUAUGGAUGAAGGCCUCAGGUGUAAUUAGCAGCUGAAGCAGGCAUCAAAUGAUGCUGAACAAGACUUGAAAUGCAUCUGACCUAUCUUCCGUUGUCCACAAGAAGCUCUGCCACAGAUGCAUCAUAAAAGGUAGCUAACCUAUAAAUACUUCCCAUAACACAACCUAGGAUGCCCUCUCCAAAUUUUCUGUUGUUGACAGUAACUUAGAAUAAGAAAUUUAAUUAUUGUUGCCAAUAUUGUAGUCCUGGUCAAUUUUGGCACUCUUUGUAGUUUUAUAAUAUUUUAUCUUUCUGGAUUUGUUCAGAAGAGAGGUAAAAUAGAGUGGAUGAGGAUAGAGAAUUGUGGUGGCUGAUGGUAGGGGCCACAUUAUGAUCUUCCAUCUACCAGGGAUCACUGAGUGAAACGAAAUGAGAUGAAAUCAAUCAAUCAACCGACCCACCCACCCAGCGGCCACCAUAAUCUAAUCCUACUCGAAAUGGGUUCAUUUUAUUCCACAUGCUAAGAUUGUGAAAUGGUUGAUGACAGCAUGCCUACUUGGAAUUCUUCUCCUAAAGCAAGAAAGCUAUUUGAAUAUAUUGAAAAGAAAAGAAAAGGAGUGGGAGUUGAUGAGAAUGAGAGAUCUAUUGGUGGAAGCAGUCCACCAAUGGAAGAUCUAGUUUGAGACAAUGGAAUAACAACACAAUCUAAUAGUUUCUUACAUGUCUCCAAAGGUAGCAAAGGUGGGGUCCAACUGGAACAACUGUCCAACACAAAUGCUUUGCUUAUUUAGUGAAUAAUAUUAGCUGAUGACUUGAUUCACCUCUAAACAUAUGCUUUUGGGAAUAAAAUAUAGGGUUUGCCUGCUCUAAGAAGAUAUGCCCAGAUCUGGUCGAAGACCCUUCAAUUAGUAUAUAUGCUUACAUCAUUACCCACUUCUUAUAUUCCUUUGUUUAACAACUACUCUCCCUUCCUAUCCCAAAACAUGGUCAAGAUAGACGUAUUUAUGCCCUUUUUUUAUUUGCUGUGGGUGGAGGGAUAAUUACAAAGAAGCUUCAUGGUGCUGAAUAAUCACAAUCCUACAGUUUUCAACAUUUUAUAAACAUUACUUUGAGCCCUGUAGUGGAUGGGACUGGGCACCCGCAGUUUGAUCUUUAUAUGCUUCCUUUCUUUUUUUUGUUUAAUAUUAUAUGAUAAGCUCUGGUAGAAGACAAACAUGAAUCCACUGGCUCAUUAGAUGGUCAAGAUAAAUAAUCUUUAAUAUGCAUUUAAGUACAGUGGGAGAUUUGUUGUAGAGUUGGAGCGCCUUCCUUCCAGUUGAUUACAUCCCACCUUUCAUUGACUUUUGUUAUUUCAGAUAUUAUAGUAGCAUUUCUCUCCUCUUUAAGCACGGAAUAUUUGUUUAAAAUGCCCAAGUGGUACCAUAAUUGCAUGUUUGUUGAAUUAUUAAAGUGCUUAUGGACCAUGGAUUCGCUGCUAAUUAAACACACUGAAUCCUCUCCGAUGGGGAAGUUUGAAGUGUAUCUAAUGCAAUAAGGGAAAAAAAUGUAUUUUAAGCCAAUAUUGCAUGAAACAGCUUCCCUCAUCUGACUUUUCUUCUCCUACUUUUUAAUUGACCAUUGGGUACGUUUAUGCUGUUUAUGAUUAUUAAACUAUUCUUCUUUGAGAUGCAAUGCAUGUCGACAACCCAUUUAGUUUACUAUAAAAGGAAGAGAAGCAAAACAACAAAGCGGUACAUCACCACUGCAAAAUAUACUUGUUUUCUCAUUUCAACAAGGAUGGAGAAAGAUGGUUCUAGCCUCCUUUCUCCCAUAUCAGAUGGAGAACAUGGGGAUUCUGCCGGAACCAGCGUUGAGAAGAAGCUUAGGUUAUUUGGGUUUGAGCUUGAUCCAUAUAAGAAAGGUGAGAGCUGCCUGAAGGAGUCUGUGGAAAGAGAUGAAAGUGUAAAUUCCUCAAACACAGAUUCAUCUGGGAGGGAAAAACCCUCUAUAGAGAAGAACUCAACAGUAGAGCCAGAGGACAAGAAGUUUGAGUGCCAAUAUUGUUUCAAGGAAUUUGCAAACUCGCAGGCAUUGGGGGGUCAUCAAAACGCCCACAAGAAGGAGAGAAUGAAGAAGAAGAGGUUGCAGCUCCAAGCAAGGAAGGCUAGUAUCAACCAUUAUCUUCAGCCCUUGCAGAACAACCAUAGUUUCACUUACCAUGGCUCAGCCCUAUGGUUCUAUGAUCCCUCCUGCCAAUCUCCCGACGAUGAAUCUCAGAUUAGUUUCACUCCAUUUGAUCAAGAUGCUCAUCUCAAGAAGUCCCAGUUUUCCAAGUGGUAUGCCCCCCCUGCUAACCUCCCACUUCAACAGGAUACCUGUAUGUUCACUCUCACACAUCCUGAUGGAUCCGGACAGAACAAGCCUGCCAUCAUCAAGCCUUCCCCCUUGCCCGUUUCAAAGCAAAACUGUAAAUCCUUGGAUCUUCAGUUAGGACUCAGCGUGCAACCAAACAUCAGGAGCUCCUCCAGAAGUGGGAUAUAGCUUGCUCCAGUAUAUGGGUGAUUUAUAUUCUUUUUUUUUUCUUCAUCUUCAAAAAAAAAAAAUGAACAAAAACUAUUUGUAUUCAUGAUAAUUGGCCGCUCGCUUCAGAGGCAGCUGGCAAUUACAAAAGAAAAACAUUAGAUCAGUGAUAAUAGUAUUAUAUUACCAUUUAUGAUUCA